CACUUCGUCCCCAGCCCUGACAAGCAACUUGCUACUGCAGGUCUGGAAGAGUGCGAAGAAGCGCAAUGUGCAGCCGUAUGAGAUUCCGGCACUGCUCGCGAAGGCCGUGCGGAACAAGGAUGCGAGGACCAAUGUGCAGUUCUGGCGAGAAGGAUUCGAGUACAUUCAGCACUUGGAAAAUCUACGAAUCGCGGACAUUGCCUCCAUCGUGGUGACCGUCAUGAAAGUCGACCAUGCCGGAAAAGAGGCACUUCUGAAGCACUUUUUGGGACAAAUCACUCAGCAGAUGAAUAAUGGGGAUACAACUGGCGCCACCGCCACCAUUGAUGUACAGCGGGCAAGCGCGAAGGACCUUGCGAACUUGUGCGUGGGGUUUGCGGCAGCAAAAGAUCGGCACACCGCGAAGCGCUUCCUGCAGGAAGUUGCCGUGCCUUUGCUAGAGGGAGUGUCUCAAGAGCAGCAUCAACAGCAUGAUCGUGUGGGCGAAAGGAGCUUUACCACGCAGGGUAGCCAUUCCUCUCUGGAGGACGACAAUGGCGUUGAUGAUUGCAUGGCGCGGUUCCGGAGUGCGGGAGCAGGAUCAUCGGGCCACAGGCCAAGCACGUCAUCAGAGGCCGCGCCGCUGUCAGAACUCGCUUUUGGAAUGGAUGCGAAUGUCACGUCCCGGAUGUUGAAUGCGUUUGGCAAGGUUUUGGGCUCUGCGACGCCCGUUCCUGUGGUGGAGUUACUCGCACGGUCCGCGAAGGAUUGGGUUUCAGAAAUGUACACACGCGAACUGGUAAAUGUAGCGCUCUCAGUUGCGAAGGUAGCACCCGUGGAAGUUGUAGGGGGAAGCAAGGCAUUUGGUAGAACAAGACCAACUGCAACUGCUCCAGGGAAAGAUAAUCGAAGCUGUUUGACUGUGUGCCGAGCCCUGAUGAAGCAGAUCCGGGACAGAAUCGUGUCGGCGAACCUGUUGCCAACUUUCAACGCGCAGGAUUAUGCCAACUUCGUAGCAGCAUUCGCCAAUUUUAGCACCAAUUGCGCCUCUGAAAAGUUGUCAGUUGAGGAGGGUCAAGCCCCUGCAACUAAUCGCGAUCUCGCCACCGGAAGCAUCUCAUAUGAUUUUCGCGAGGACGACGCCUUUCACUGUGCGCUCGCUUCGAGUGUGACAAAACGUUUGAAGAAGCUCGACGACGCUCAGCCGCAGCAUGUCGCGAGUUUGCUCUGGAGCUUUGGCAAAAAGCUCGGGAAAUUCGAUUUGGUUGCAUCGCUAGUGGACGCCGAGCUCCCGGUCAAGAUUGAACCAAUUAUGCCAAACCGAGGCGAUAAAGAAAACGAGCGCCAUCCUGCAGAUCUCGAUCUCUUCCGAUUCUCCAAGCCCCAAGAACUCGCGAACACUUUCACUGUUCUCUCCGUCGAAAGGCCGAAGUUUGCGCGCACCGUUCUGUUGCCGCAGGUCAGGAAGCUAGUGGAGAGCGAUUCUGCGAAGCUGAAAGGGGUGGAUGCCAUUCCGUUGCUGGAAGGAUACGCCCGGCUUGAGGACACUAGUACAGAAAUACAGUCGGGCCGGUCCGAUACGGCCGGGGAGCAGGCAGAAAAGCGGUUCUGUUCGGCCUUGGGGCAACGCUGCUUGAAGUUGCGCGAACAAAAUGCCUUGGACAGCGCACAGACGGUGUUCAUUUUUCACGCAUUUUGCAAGUUGCAGUGGGUUCUAACCGAACCUGAUUUACUACUGCGCCUGCUCCCGGACAUGCACGUAGCAACAAGUGGGACACCCUCUGCUGCUGCGCUGGAUGCGAACUCACUCUCUUUAGUUCUGAACGGCAUCACACACCACCUCAACCUCCACCACGGUUCAUUGCCGACCGCAGUACCAUCGCAAAGUUCAACUCAAGACACAGUCGAACAGAGAGUUUCAAUGAAGCUGCGCGCCGUUUGCAGGAAUAUCCUGAGCUACUUUUCCACGGGGAAUUGUGAAGUUUUGGAAAACUCUCACCGCAACAAGCCUUCUAAGGCAAUUGCUCCCAUUGGCACAGCGCUCGACUUUGAAGGUUUUCUGAAGCUUUUCUAUCAGGGAAACGCGAAUGUAGACCGUAGCACAACCAAUCUUCUGCAAAGCCUUGCCUUUCUUGCGCAGAAUCCGGCUUCGGGUCCCUCAGCGACCUCAGCUCAGCAAAAUACCGACCUCCUGCGCCACUUGGGGCAGGUUGUGUUGCAGGACAGCCACAACUUUUCCAACUCAACAUUGGUGCAGUCGAUUUACGCCGCGACGCAGCUCUCCGAUCAGUUGCCACCCGGACUAAGCAACCGUUUGCUCGAAAAGCUGUCCGUUCAGCUUGGUUGCACCGCAAAUCUCCGUGCCUCCGACUGCGUGGCUGCGGCAAACACUUUGGCCCUGGCAAAUCAUGUCGACGAGGCGUUGCUGGACCGCCUGGCGAGGCGGUUGCUCGAGACUUUCCUGGCAGCAGUUCAUUCGAGCGAAACUCAUCGUGGUACGGCUGUCGACCCCACGCACAACACGAAGGCGGCCGCACCGGGAGGAAAAGGCGCUCACAACGCUUCAGAGGAUUCUGCCACGGCUACAAAGAAGUUCGCUUGGCAGUUCUUGACGAGCUGUGCGAGACUGGGUUUUCACUCAGCCGACGUAGCCUUAGUCGCGGAGCAAGUCGCGGAGCACCACCUGGAUUUUAGGUUUGCGGCGCCAGGAGAAGUCGCGAGUAUAUUGUCCAGUUUGGCUCGCUUGGACUCCACCUACACUGCCGUGCGGACCUGGGAUUUGCGACCUGUCAUCGCAGAAAGCGCUGUUUGCCACAACCGCUACUCCGAGCUCCUGUUUUUCGGCUACAUGUUUCACCUCUGGCGGGCCGAACGCGGAAAUAACUUCAUCAACGCGGGGAAUACAACCGGGGAGAGUUCGAUCUUUCAAACUGCCUACCGCAAUUUCACCUCAUUCGUAGAACUGCUGGUCGCGCGAACGGGUACCAAGGAAUCGACGAACGCGACAAGAAGUGCUGGCAGUACAAGAACAGCAGGUCUGCCGCUGCCCACUUCUACCACACGGGAGGACGCUUCGCAGGUUCUUACUGGUCUGCUGAUCUUUCCACAGAUCUUCACUCGGUCCUUUACCAUCUUCGCACCAGCGGAGCAGCCGACCGCUACAUCUUGGGCAGCACACUGUGGGCUAUCCGUGUUGAAGAAGUGCUUUCGUUUGACAGAGAAUCUAGCCCAACUGUGCACACAGGAGCCAUCCUAUUCGCAACGGGAAGGCGAUUCCGAGGGCGAUGUGAUGGACACGCUGGUGUCGCUGCUGUCCCGUGCGAAACUUCAUCAGUUGACGACGCAAGUGCCGGCAGGGCCGUACACAAUCGAUUUGUGCUUACCCGACAGUGCGGUGGCGGGAAUGCGGUAGGUCGUGAAGGGUGGACACGAGUUCGUGAAAAACCCAAAUAGAAAUCUAAUGACUCACAACAGAUCAUGGGGAAUUCGAGAUGGAGAUGAACUGUAGAAGGAAACUGCAGGAGAUUGUUGCAUUAAAUUUGUUUCACACCUAAUGAUCAGUGAGAAUGGCGAAUUUCAAAGCAUUAAUGAAUAAACG